UUUGACGCUGCUCUACUGAGCACACAACAUUCGGAACGAACGGCACAUGCAUAAAACAGUCGGGAGCUUGUUGUUGCGGGUUGUUGUUAUUAUUUCAAGUAAUCAGGCGCAAACGAUCGCAUAAAGUAAAAUAAAUAAGUAGUAAUAAUAAGAAUCUGAAAUAAAAAUUAAACGGUACGACACGGAUAGGCGGCGGUAGCGUGUGCCAUACUUAUGUUCAGCUAAAGUAACAAAAAAUACUAGAAAAGAAUACAACGAAAAAAGAAAAAAAAACAAACAAAACAUAAAAAAGCCUACCAAGUGAAUGAAGCGCUAGAAUUACGUAUUUGCAUGUCAAACAGCGGCAGAUAUAUCGCAAGUGAGUGAACAAGUGCAGUGAACAGAAAAAAGUUUCGAAGAUCGGAAAAAACGCCUGCUAAAGAAGCUUUUUUUUUUUUUUUGCUGAAAAUUCUUUAGCAAAUUAUUAAUGAGAAGAAAAAUUUCGUCUAAAUGUUACGGCCAAAUUAAAUGUGAGAAAAAUCGAAACCUCCAACCAGCCAUUAAACACACAGCGACACCAACAAUAGCAACAACAACAACAUGAAUAAAUUAAAAUCCAUGCUACCGCCAUCCCUGACGUCAUCAUCGUCAUCGAAUGCCGCCAGACGUCAGUCGGAAAAUCUGGAACCCGAAAUCGGUUUCCAGUUGACCAUCGAAGCUAGUUCACCCCAAAAUUCCAAUGAUCCUCAUGCACCAAAGACAGUCAUACCUGAGCUGAAUGUUCAUUUGAUGGCAGCGCGACAUCUGCCGUCGUUGUUUGGUUUUAAAAUUGUACAAGGUUACCUGAUAAAAGUAAAGCUUUUUCCCGGUUCGAAACGUUUGGAUAGUACGAUACAAACGAACACAUGGCCAAAGUUUAAUGAAACUUUCAAAUUUCCCUUGGCACCAGAAAUAAAACCUUCACUGAAACAUUCAUCACGUCGUGGCAGCAAAGCUGCUGUGGCAGAAUUUACGCCUGAAGAACUUUUGGCUGGACAAUUUGUGGUUUUUACAGUUUAUGCCCUGCUGGAAUUACCACCAACGUCAUUUAAUCGCUUUAGCAAAACCUAUCGCUCGCUCAAGGACAAAAGUUCCAAUCUAAUGCAAAACAUAUUCGAAGAGAAGUCAGAGAAAACAACGAACAAUGAUGACAAGGAGAAUACGAAAAAUAAACGCAAAACCCAGGACAACCCAAGGGAUUCAAUGCCCCCGCUGACAAUCAGUGAAUCGAGAAGGAAUUUAGGUGCCGUUACCUGUUAUUUACAACCAAAGCUAUUUAAACGCAACUCGCGUGGCGUCUUUGCCACGGAGGAAUUGUGGAUGCCCAUUAAGGACAUAAAUACGACAGUUAAGAAACCAAAUGAUAAUAACAAUAAUUUAUCGAAUUCUACAAAAGGUGUUGUAGAACUCGUUUUAGAGGUACGAGAAAUGGGCGAGACCAUUGAUCCCACCAAUACGGACAGUUCAUCGUCUUCCUCCGUGCCCAAUGGUGGCAAUAAUAGCAGCAUAAAUUCAAAUGGCAGCACAACUAGCGUUUCGACCGUAACCUCCACCAAGGAACCCAAAUCUUGGAACAAUCGCAUGACAUCGGACUUUAAGAAGCGUAUGGGCAUUAGUAAUGUGAACACAAAGACCCAUCAUAAACUAAUGCUAAAGGUAACCACAUCGCGCAUGCGCUGUUCGAAUAAAGUCAAAGAUGAACUGGAAGCAACGGCGGGUAGUGUUUAUGUAAAGACAACAGUCUUCGAUAAUGGCAUCUACAUCGAUUCAUGGAAAUCACCAAAUUUCUAUCCAUCCCUGGCCACGAAAUGGGAUGUGGGCAAGGAUGUGGCUACCCUGAAUAUACCUCUGCCAAGUAUGGAGCAUUUAGAUCGGCUAAUGAUCCGAACCACUUUGGCAACAAAAACUAAAAUGGCCAAAAAAUUAGUAUUAGGUACAGUGGUAAUAGGCGGCACUGCUUGCGGAACAACGUUAAGCGGUGCGGGAGCCCAACAAAUGGCCCAGUUAAAGGACUCUCCACUAAAUGAACGCGUAGCCGUAUGGCAUUGUUAUCAGUAAUAGAAAAGUGCAGAAUGAGAAAAGUGUUUUUUAUUUAUUUUGUUUUCAAUUCAUUUUUUGGAGUUUUAUUAUUAUUUUUUAAUGACAAUUUUUAAGUUUACGUUUUUUAUUUAAAUGUUUAACACUAGUAAAUUAGCAAACUUAUUUUUUUGUUAAAAAUGAUUUAUUAUUAUUUAUAUAACGAGAGUAUUUUUUUUUCUAAAUUUACAAUUCCAAAAAAAGAGAACUAAUUUGACGAGAAUAAAAUUAAAUUAAUAAAUAAAUUCAAGAAA